AUGGAUUCCGACUGUCUCUCCAGCAGGUCUUCAUCACCAGAGUCAGAGAGAGGAGACAGCCCUCAGUUCAUGACUGGGCAGAUGUACCAGACGCUGUGCUCGGGGCAGCGGAUGCCCAGCCGUAAGAAGCAAAGGGCCACAAAAAGUGAUGCUCAACAGGACCACAUGCCUGAUCUGCGCCUGAAGGUGAACAGCCGUGAGCGCCAACGCAUGCACGAUCUGAACCAGGCUAUGGACGGCCUGCGUGAGGUAAUGCCAUAUUCCCACGGACCCUCUGUGCGAAAGCUUUCCAAGAUUGCAACGCUGAUGCUGGCUCGUAACUACAUCCUUAUGCUAUCCAGCUCGUUAGAAGAAAUGAAAAAGCUGGUGAGGGAAGUAUAUGGCGGACACCAUGCAACAAACGGUGCCAGCCCUGUGCCACUCCACCACCCCACGGGCACUCUACGCCCAGUGCCGGGCAUGCAUCAUGCAGACGUCACCUCUUAUCUGGGCUUCAUGGCUCCAGAGCUCAGUCGUGCCACUACUGCUGUCCACCAAUACCCAAGACUGUACUGUCCCUGUGCCAUGUGCCUACCACAACAGAUGCCCAAAAACACUGCCAGCCUUCAAGUCCCGAGAUGCAGCAAGUAACAAUCAUGU